AUGGGUGUGGUUGGGAAUUAUAAAAUCGCGUAAACAUCAAGCAUUUGCGGGCAUAAACCCGAUCGAUAGAAGAAUAACAACUCAAAACUCUUUAUCAUCAUCAUCGUCAUGGUUUCCUCCAACAAGGAUCCCCGAGAAGAAGUUAUUCAAGCAUGGUAUAUGGAUGAUAGCAAUGAAGAUCAACGACUUCCCCAUCACAAAGAACCCAAAGAGUUUGUCUCAUUGGAUCAACUUGCUGAACUUGGAGUUCUUAGCUGGAAAUUAGAUGCCGAUAACCCUGAUACAGAUCCAGAGCUGAAAAAGAUCCGUGAAGAACGCGGUUACUCGUACUUGGAUGUUUGUGAGGUCUGCCCAGAAAAGUUGCCAAAUUAUGAAGAGAAGAUCAAAAGCUUCUUUGAGGAGCAUCUGCACACUGAUGAGGAGAUCCGCUAUUGUGUUGCUGGAAGUGGUUAUUUUGAUGUGAGGGAUCGCAAUGAGGCUUGGAUCCGUGUAUUGGUGAAGAAAGGAGGACUGAUCAUUUUACCUGCUGGAAUUUAUCACCGUUUUACAUUGGAUGAGAGCAAUUAUAUUAAGGCUUUGCGAUUUUUUGUUGGUGAACCAGUUUGGACUCCAUACAAUCGCCCACAUGAUCAUCUCCCUGCAAGAGGGCAAUAUAUCAAGACUUUCGUGGAGAAAGAUGUUGCCAACCAUACUGUUGACACCACUGCUUAAGAUUCGGUUCUGCCUGAUUGUAACAUCGGAUAGAAAGGACUAAGGCUUUGAUACUAAAAUGAAGUUUGAAAAAAAUAAUGGUCUCUAUGUCAAAGAGGUUCAUCCUUUUAUGUUGUGGUAUGUGAGUAACCUUAAAGUCUUGAUGUUACAUACUAUAGUAUAUCCAUGGUGUUUGUUGUCUGUGUUGUAUAAAAAGUUGCAUUUACAAGUAUUGUUAUCAGUACUGGGGACUGAAUAAACAUUCAUAAAUAAAAUGUUAAUGUAUUGUAUUGUGCUGUAUUGGUUGCAAUCGACUUUUAAAGGAGUUUGAGCGUGUUUGUUUAA